AUGAAUAUUCUCAAGCCAGCAGCAACCCCUCGUAGACAAGAGAAAUCGACAUCUCAAAUCGACAACCUCAUCCCAAAGAUGAGCAAGCCUUGGCAAAGAUACAAACAGAACCGCAAAUUGAAAACGAACGAAACAACACUAGUGUCCGACAAUCGACCUCAAACCAUCAUCGAUGAAGCCGAGGCCGACUUUCUCAAACGCCUCAAGAUUGUUCUCGAGGUGGUUUUGAAAGCACCGGAUGAACUUGACGGCCAGAUAAUUGGAGAUUUGAUCGACGCGUAUCGAGUGUGGAUACCCAAUGGAACGCAAUCCAAGUGGAAUAGGGUGAUGAAGGCUAAGAUUCUGAAGAUUGAAAAGAGCGAUACUGAGAACUAUAAGCUGUUUCACGCUAUUCGCAGGGCUGGAGUGGAGUUCAUACGCAAGGAGGGAGCGGUCAAUAAUACGGGGGGAACAGCUGACGCGGAGGGAGCAGUUGAUGAGGAGGGCCUAGAUGAUGAGGAUGAUGCAGUGACGGCAUGA